ACAUAAACAAACCUCGUCUGGCUUGCCGCUCCGCCCGGGAGCGCACGCCCAUCCUCGCGGUUUGACUUGGCUCUGCUGAGCGCCGCGCCGCCACCAGGCACCAGCUGCUUUGCCCUUCUCCCUCUGCCUUAGGCAGGUGACAGUAGAGACAUGUCUCGGGACCUGCAGGACGUGGACCUGGCCGAGGUGAAGCCUUUGGUGGAGAAAGGGGAGACCAUCACCGGACUCCUUCAGGAGUUUGAUGUUCAGGAGCAAGACAUCGAGACUUUACAUGGCUCCAUUCAUGUCACUCUGUGUGGGACCCCCAAGGGGAACCGGCCCGUCAUCCUCACCUACCAUGACAUCGGCAUGAACCACAAAACCUGCUACAACCCCCUCUUCAACUCCGAGGACAUGCAGGAGAUCACCCAGCACUUUGCCGUCUGUCACGUGGAUGCCCCCGGCCAGCAGGAUGGUGCCGCCUCCUUCCCUGUGGGGUACAUGUACCCCUCCAUGGACCAGCUGGCCGAAAUGCUUCCUGGAGUCCUUCACCAGUUUGGGCUGAAGAGUGUCAUUGGCAUGGGAACUGGAGCGGGCGCCUAUAUCCUAACUCGAUUUGCUCUGAACAACCCCGAGAUGGUGGAGGGCCUUGUUCUCAUCAACGUGAACCCUUGUGCAGAAGGCUGGAUGGACUGGGCCGCCUCCAAGAUCUCUGGGUGGACCCAAGCCCUGCCAGACAUGGUGGUGUCUCACCUGUUUGGGAAGGAAGAAAUGCAGAACAACAUGGAGGUGGUCCACACCUACCGCCAGCACAUCGUGAACGACAUGAACCCCACCAACCUCCACCUGUUCAUCAAUGCCUACAACAGCCGGCGGGACCUGGAGAUCGAGCGGCCCAUGCCGGGAGCCCACACUGUCACCCUACAGUGUCCUGCGUUGUUGGUGGUUGGGGACAGUUCUCCUGCCGUGGAUGCUGUGGUGGAGUGCAACUCUAAACUGGACCCAACGAAGACCACGCUUCUCAAGAUGGCGGACUGUGGCGGCCUCCCGCAGAUUUCCCAGCCAGCCAAGCUUGCUGAAGCCUUCAAGUACUUCGUGCAGGGCAUGGGAUACAUGCCCUCCGCCAGCAUGACCCGCCUGAUGCGGUCCCGCACGGCCUCAGGGUCCAGUGUCACCUCCCUGGAGGGCUCCCGCAGCCGCUCCCACACCAGCGAAGGUGCCCGCAGUCGCUCUCACACCAGCGAAGGUGCCCGUCUCGACAUCAUUCCCAGCUCCAGCGCCACUGGGAACAGCACUGGGCCCAAGUCCAUGGAGGUGUCCUGCUAGGCAGCCUUGUGGCCUCCGUCCCUGGACUUGGAUCUGUAGCAGCCCCCUCCCCUCCGGUCCUUCCCUCCCCACUGCCAGCCAUGCGCACAUAACUUGGCAUUAAUCCAAAGCUUAUUUUCCAAGAGUGAGCUCUGGUGAUGACAAAGUUAGAUGGGUUUGGGGUGAGUCUUUCUGACGCGGGCGGGGGCAGGGGUGGACCAAAGAAAAAGAGGCAUCUCAGUGGUUCUGUUUUUAUUAACCAGUGGCCUGGUGGCCACCCUCCUGCCCUCCCUCAGAGACACAAAACUGCCAAAAACAAGAAACGUAGCAGUCAACACUUCAUAAACCCAAGCCUGGGGUGCCCGGAGUAUCCUGCUGCAAACAGGCACUUUGUCAGAAGGCCAGCCCACCCACUUCCUCUUUCCUCUCCAACUAAAAAAAAAAAAAAAAAAAAAAACUGACCCCGUUUCUGGAAACAAAACCCCUUUCGGAUUUGGGAAGGGGGAGAGCAGUGAAUUGUGGGUAGCGCUUUUAACUAGGCAAAACAGGAAGGGGGAAAAAAAGAUGGAAUUUAUGUCGAGGCUACAGAUUAUUUGGAAAAACAAACCUACGUAGUGAAUGUCAAGCGAUAGAUUUUUAUUAAGUUGUGUGUAUGGACACUCUGUAAUGCUGAAGCCUUGGAGCCUGUUUUUCUGGCACCCUUUUAAUGUGUGGCUAAAGUGGACGAGGAAAUCGCCUGGCUUGACAAAGAGACAGUCUUGGCAAAGAGUCAGUGUCAUGAUUUUAAGACUUUAGCUCUGCCACCUACCCCCCUUCUAUAGCCCCCACCCCACCCCACCCCAAGCGUGUGAUUGUUUUCAUUCGUGGGGAAGACCAUAUAGACUUGUAGACGCAUUCUCCUAAGUGGGGGAAUACGUGCCCAUCAGCUGUACUGGCUGUGAUGUUUUUAAAUGCCGGGAAAAGGGGGGGUGAUAGUAUUGGGGUGGGGGGCGGUGUUUUGGGUGACUAGAUGCGAGGGCUCCUUUUGGUUGUGAUGUAGUCGGUGAAGUUGUCAUUUCAGGGGCUCCAACCCUGGUUCCCGGGAAUCUCGUGUAAUCGAGUCCAGUCCAGCUUCCAACCUGUGACAACUGGAGUGUAACCUGGACUCGAGGGCAGCCUGUGCGGACCUGGUGACAUUGCUCUAUAUCUUCAGCUGGAACUGUUUGCUCUUGAGCGGGUGGGGUUUAUGUGGGGAGAGGUGGCUGAGACAAUGUAAGGAUGCUAGAAUAUAUGUUCUGUGGGGCUUUCCUUCCCUCUCCUCUGCCUCCCCCUCUUCCCUGCCCAGCUAACCUCCUUUUGCUGAAUGGGGCGGCCCUACUGACUGGGCGUCGUCAGCGUCGCUGUCAGGUUCCCAUACUACUGCCUUUUGAGUUUCAUUCCGGCUAACCUUGGAUUUACUUAGGGGAAGUUUGAUCAGAGUGCAGUGAACACUGUGACUCAGCCUCUGGGGCCUGGUGACUUCCAGGACCCCUGAGUUGAUAGAAGGAAGCAGUCGAGCCUUCUAGGUAGCUGAGAGGCAGUGACUCAGCUGACCUGCCACCUACCACCUUGGAGGCUUCCUCUGACCUUGUGCAGAAAGGCUGGGGACAAGGCAAGAGUGGCUGAAUCAAGACAGGAAGCUAUCGUGUGAAAGACUUUGCAGAGGAGUUUCUUAAUGAGAUAUUUGUAUUUAUUUCCAGACCAAUAAAUUUGUAACUUUGCA